AUGGCCAACGGGCCGCCCAGCGCGUCAUGGCACCCAGCUCUGAUGCCCGAUUCUUAUCCCCUUCCUCCGGCGGCCGCCGGAGCCGAUCCCUCGAAUCCGGAGAGUCCAACCGAGCCGGCCCAGCAAGCGGCGCCUGAGAAAAUCGAGUCGCCCGAUCAUGCCGAAGCCGAUGAGAAACCACAGGCCUCGGUCGAUCCCUGGCUAUCCGGAGAGGGUGAUGCCGACGACAUGAAUGCCUGGCUCGUCUCGGACGAUCCAGAUCCCCCCGCGAGCAUCGCACCGCAAGAGAUCCAGGCGCCUACCCAACGGGCUGACGUCGAGCCGGAGGAAGCGAAAAAUGAGGAUCCUCUGCCAGACCUAGAAGAUACUGCGCGCGAGAAUGGCACCGCCGUGCAGGAGACUGAGCUGCCCGCUCUGGCAAGCGAACAGUCUUUUCAGACCAUGGUGUCCAAGGAAGGCAGACGACAGCCAACACAUGCGCAGCAUUCUAGCUCCAUGUCUUUUGCUCGCACGGUAUCGCACGAGGUCAGCUUCGUUGACGACGACGACGCCGAGUGGAACUUGACGCGAUCAGAUCCCGACGUCUCCGAUCCUCCGGCCCAACCCAACAGAUCAAACUCGUUCCCAGAUGUCCCCCCCACGCUCGGAAGUCACCAGGAGCACAGUGACCAGCCUCUUCCUCCAACUCAAGCUCUGUACGUCAUGCAAGAGACCGAAAGGGAGGCCGAACUUGGCGAGCGACAGUAUUUGACUGGGACCAUUCACGCGGCGCCCGAGGCUUCACCUGCGCAGUCCGAGGAUGAGCUUGAGCCGCAAGGAGCAUCACAAGCGAUAGGCGGCGAGACGCAAGGAUCUGAGGCACAAGAUUUUGAGGCCCGUUACGAGGAAGGCGUUCCUUUGGUGUCGCUCUCUGACGCUACGGCUAGUGUAGCCAAAGACAAGGACGCGGGUGCUUUUGCCGAUUCCUUCGCCGACGACGGCAAUGAUGACGACUUCUUCGCCCAGUCAAAAGAGCCAGACUUGCAGGCAGGGGAUGCGGGCCCUGGUAUACUACCCAUUGAGCGCAAAUCUACCGCUCAGGCCAUGGAUGGCCUCAACCCCGAACCGGCGUUGCAUCACAGCGCCCCCGGGGAGACGGCGAGCGAGCACGCAGCCACGCAAGCUUCAGGAAGCUUGAAUCAAUCCGACUCGUGGGAUAUUCCGAGCUCGUCUGACCUGAGGGACGAGCCCGACAAAGAGCAACCUGCCGCCGAGGACGUGACAGCUAAAUGGCAAGACAUCUUUGCUGGAGAUGAAGACGGCUUCCUCUCCGACGAUUCGGCCGCGGGCGACAAAGCGAUUGACGCUGCUGCCUUUCUCGGAAGCGACGACGAAGGUCUCCUGGACGAUGACGGUUUUCUAGACGACGAUGACGGGGCCGUUUCCGUGCCUCAGUCGGCGCCCGCUGUCUCUGAUAGUCGGCAACACUCUGUAUCGAGCCCGUAUAUCCCUUCCGCCGUCACGUCGCCGCCGCCGCCAUCUGUGCCGCACUUCCCUUUGGCCAACGCUCCUCUAUCCAACUAUCCACACCAACAACCACCCCUCGCGCCCUCGAACUCGGGCCAGCUACAAGGCCACGCAGCUCAGACGCGUCCGCAGCAAUCUAGGGUUUCAAGCUUUGCGGACAAGUCAAAAGGCGGCUAUUCCUCUCCGUACGACUUGCCCACAGACCUGUUGAGCAAUACGCUCAAGCCACGCAAACGAGCGAGCUUGCAACAGCUUCCUCGCGAACAACCGCCUCCAAGGAGCACGAGCAUGUUCGCACCGGGCCAUCCACCGGCGCCUGGCUCGCUGCCACCUCCUACGCAUCCAUCCCAGGGACCCAGCCCAAACCAAAAAGCCCCUGCUUCUGUUUCCCGGAACCCGAGCGGCUUUUUUGAAGAUUUACCCAUCACGGCAAAGCCCAGGCCACGCUCGGGGCAAGGGAGCACACCGCAGCAGCAAAGCCUAUACGCCCCGGCCGGGCAUCACUCGCAGUCGGCUCCUCCCCCGGCAGGUCCCCUGUCUCCGCCCGCCAACAGAGCUCCACAACCGCCACCGGGGGUUGGAGACCUGGUGACACCCGAGAGAGUCAACCCAUACGCCGCAAUGUCUCCCCCGGCCGCCUCUGCACCACCCCAAACAGGCACCACGUCGAGGUACUCGCCAGCUUCGUCACAGCAGCCGGUUGGUCACGGGUCAGCGCCGCCUGCCGCGUCAAGUCGAUAUUCACCGGCUCCCCAGGGACCACGGCCCAGCAGCUCGCACAACCAUGGCGCUCCGGCGACUUCUUCGCAAGCUGUGCUGCCCCAUCUGCCUAGGACGUCGAGCCCGCUCGCCCAUUUCGAAGCCAGCAGCGACAAAAUCCACCGGGGGGUGAAUGCACCCAACGGCGAUGCGCACCACUCUGACCGUCGAUCCAACUCCUUUGAGCACAGGCUUAACAGGGUCUCCUCACUCCCUCCUACUCGUGAGGUGGACGAGGAGGAGGACGACCAAAUGUCGCCCACUUAUAGAUCCUUUAGCACGACCCAGGCGAGCCGCCCUGCAAACAUGGAGUCCAGGUUCGCCCCUGUGCCCCAUCCUGCCGCAGCUCGCCAAACGCCGCCUCCCCCGCCUCCCCCGUCUCGUUCCUAUGGUCCACCGGCCUCGUCGUCUCCGCAGAGAGUCAGCUCCAACUGCAUGCCUCAGGCGACACCCGCAGUCCAUCCUGAAUUCGCACCGCCGCCUCGUCCGUCAACUCAAUCCCCUGUCGCCGCGCAAGGCGGUCGACCGGCAAACCCCACCGACUACAAUGCCCGGCCGUCGUCUGCUCACGCGUCAGCUGCCCCAGCCAUGCCGAAGCCGUUUCAGCCACUUCAUCCACUUCAUCCCCCGACUUCCAGGAGGCGCGGCCAGUCGCUCUCGAUGAACAUGGUCCCCCCCACGGAUGGAAGGGAACACGAUCCCUUGCAACGAUGGAAAGGGGCGCCUCUCCUGGCCUGGGGGGUCGGGGGAACCAUUGUCACAUCGUUCCCAAAGAGCGUGCCUCGAUACACCAUGAAUCAAACGGCUCCGACAAUACUGCGAACGGCCGGCGAAAUGAAGGUGCAGAACAUUAAGGAUGUUGACCCUCUUGCAGAUCAGCUGGCCAGAUUCCCGGGACCGCUGAAGGGCAAGUCUAAGAAAAAGGAGGCCCUGGCUUGGCUGGCGGCAGGCAUCGACGCACAGGAGAAAGACCUCCCUGACAUCUCGCUUCACUCUCAGCUCUCGCUUGAGGCGAAACGAGGCCUCGAGCGCCUUCUGCUGUGGAAGCUACUCCGCAUCUUCGUCGAGUUUGACGGGACUUUGGAGGGCAACUCUGAGGUUGAGAAAGCCGUCAGAGAUGUUCUCUCUCCAGAGACAGCAAGCUCGACCGCCGGCAACGCCGCGUUAACUCCUGCUGCUCCCGCCGGAGCUGGCCAGGCCGGCCCGGUCACUUCUAUGAUGGCAGACAGUGCUGAUCCUGCAGCUGUGGAGCAGAUUCGGCUUGAUCUGCUCAGAGGCAAUCGUGAGACUGCUGUGUGGUCUGCGGUGGACAAGCGUCUCUGGGGCCACGCCAUGCUCAUAUCCCAUACCAUCUCACCCGACCUCUACAAACAAGUAGCGCAAGAGUUUGUGCGCAAGGAAGUCAACUACCCCGGCCACAAUAACGAGUCGAUUGCCGCUCUGUACGAGGUGCUGUCGGGCAACUUUGACGAUUGUGUCGACGAGCUCGUGCCGAUUCACGCUCGGGUCGGUCUGCAGCUAGUUUCCAAGCAAUCCACCCAGGAGCCGGCAAGAGACGCGGCCGAUGGCUUGGAUAAGUGGCGGGAGACACUGACGCUCAUUCUCAACAACCGCAGCUCCGAUGAUGUCCGAGGCCUAAACGCCCUUGGCAAGCUGCUCUCGAGCUACGGAAGAGCCGAAGCCGCGCAAGUCUGCUUCAUCUUCAGCAGGGGCCUCUCGGUGUUUGGUGGCUUGGAUGAACAGAAGGCCGACUUUGUGCUGCUUGGAUCUGAUCACCGCCAGCAGUCGGAACAGUUCGCCAAAGAAACGGAAGCGCUGCAGCUGAGCGAGAUUUACGAGUACGGGUUGUCUCUGGCGGGUGGCGCGGCUGCGGCCGCGGGAGCUCCUCACCUCGCGGCAUACAAAUUCCAGCAUGCCGUUACCCUUGCCGAGUACGGCUAUCGGGACAAAGCUUUGCAGUACUGCGACGCCAUCGCCUCGGCCAUGGUUUCGCAGACACGGCGGUCUCCCUACCACCAUGCUAUCCUGGAGGCAGCGGUCGACGACUUCAUGACAAGACUGAAGCAGGCUCCCAAGGACGCAUCAUCCUCGUGGAUAUCUAAGCCGAGUAUGAAUAAGGUUUCCGAUAGCAUGUGGAAUCGAUUCAACAAGUUUGUAGCGGGCGACGAGGGCGAUAAUGGUGGCAACGGGGCCGCUGGUGAGGCAGACCAUGGCCCAUUUGCCCGAGUUGCCACCACGCCCAACUUGAGCCGCUCGCCGUCCGUCUCCAACUUUGAGGCAUAUGCACCGACGCCCAUGCAACCUGCCGCCCUGGAAAAGCCUUUUACACCCAUGUCUCAAUAUGCCCCGGCAUCGGCGUCCUCUGGUCGAAACUCGAACGAGUACUCCCGCAACGCUUACGAACCUGUUCACCGAGGAAUCAGCCACUCACCGGUCCUUAACAGCGGUGACUACGCUCCUGCGGGAUAUCCUGCGGCCGGGCCUGGAGGCUACCAGCCACUCAAACAUCAGGAGUCUCCCAGCAUUGCCACACAAAGUGGAGGUAACGAAGCAAAUAUGUAUUCGCCUGACCAAGGUUACCAGCCUCCCACUUAUGGCUACGAGCCUCCGCAGAUGACGGCGGCGGUCCACGAUGACCAAGAAAGAAAAGAUGAGGGCGCCACCGGAGGCUACGAGCCCCCUUCAUAUCAGCCUUACGGCUAUGAGCCACCAUCAUACCAGCCUGAUCCGGAGCCGUCUGCUGAGGGUGGUGAUGACGCUCCGAAACCCAAGAAAGGCUUCAUGCACGAUGACGACGAUGACAUACCAGCUCUGAAGCAUGGGACAAAGACGAAGACCGACAAGGAUCGCGAAAACGAGGAAAUGUUCCGCAAGGCAGCGGAAGAGGACGCCAAGCGAGCCGCUGCCCAGCAGUCGACCAAGAAGGGCUGGGGCUUCUCCGGCUGGUUCGGCGGCAGCAAAAAGGCAGAGGCCAACAUGGGCGAGUCUUCUUCUCCUGGCAAGCCGGUCCGUGCCAAGCUCGGCGAGGCGAGCAGUUUCGUCUACGACCCUGAGCUCAAGCGCUGGAUCAACAAGAAGGCGUCCCAGGAGAACAUGGGCCUCGCGGCGGCCCCGCCUAUGAGCCGCUCGGCUUCCAACUCGGCGCUAGCGACCGGACCGCCCAGCGGGCCGCCCAGCAGACCGGCCACCAGCAUGAGCAACGCCAGCAGCAUCGACGACCUGCUUGGCGCUGCUGCGCCGCGCAAGGCAGGGCAGAAGAAGGCGCGCAAAAGUGGCCGGUACGUUGACGUCAUGGCCAAGUGA